ACAUCGGUGAGGCUUUUCAACGGUGGAGAGACUUCCGGGAGGACAAGGACAUGAAGACAGAUGCGGAAGUUGCUGUUUUUCUGCUUGACACGUGCGUAAUCAUAGUGCGUAAUGUUUAAUUCUACUCUGGUCAGUAUGUAUUUUUUGUUUUAAUUCCUGAUCAGAGAUUUAACCCCGGGAUGCAGAAGUGCAUCACUUCCGGUUUCCGGUUGGAGUGUUUCCAGUGAAGUAUCUGUAGUUAGCCUAGCCUAGCGUACACAGUGGUGCGGAGAAAAUAAAACCAACCAUAUAUUGUGUAUACAGUGAUUUAACGGUCUGGUUUAGUAUAAGUAGUUAAAGGUGCAGUACGAGAUUUUUUUUUCAGGAGUAUUUUUUACCAUAUUGCUUGAAAAGCUCCUCAUACCCAUGUUGCAAGCAGUGCAAUAGAAGGUUUGACCCAAAACUGAAAUAUUUUAAUCCAGUCUACAGUGUAAAAUAAAGGAAAAACGCCAUCAAAUCCUAUCGAGGUAACCACCUCAAAAUGAUUGGAUACUGACACGUCAAUCAGACUGAAGCCCGCGACCCCAAAUCCCCCCGCCCCUACCCUUGCGCGUACAGUAUGCGCAGGGACCACUCCAGGUGAACUAAGCCAUUUCAAAGCAACGGAUAGAUAGCCUACCAUACUAGCCCAUUUUAGAUACUGGCCUACAAGAAUUACAUAACACUAUGGCAGAACAGACGCACACAACUGGUCAAAAAAGAAAACGAAAAUCUGUAUUCGAAAAGGCAACUGCCAGGAAACUUUAUGAAGAAGGACGAGUCAAGACCAGAGUGAACAUUGGCGCAGCGUUCGACCGCUGGCGGCGACUCAAACAACAAAAAGGACUUCAAACCGAUGCAAUGGUGGCCCUGUUUCUACUUGAUAGUUAUGAAGGCAUGGCACAAGCCAGUUCGACACCAAUGAAGCAUGGGUUUUUGAAACCACCUCCUCCUCCUCCCGUAUCCACUAUUUGUUCGGAUUCACUCUCAGGCUCUGACCUCUUUUCAAAUGUAACGCGCUUGCCAGCUGCAACAAGAGCAGAUUGGACAUCAACAGAUGAAGCUUCAGGGAGUGACGACAGAAAGUUAAAACAAGAGGAUGCAGCCUCAGCACCGGUGGAGAUUGAGUUGGUGUUAACAAAAAGCAUGACGAAUAAGCCAGUGGCAGGUUCACAAGACGUCGUCAGCUGGAACAGAAGAGAUGUGCAAAGGAAGCCAUUCACUGCAGGUACACCGAUAAAUUUAUCUCGAACCAGAUAUGUAUCCUUGACCAAGGAGACAUUUGAGCGUCUGAUGUUCUGCUGUCUGGAGUGCUCCAGUGAGUGUCGGAUCCGAGGGAAAGGCAGAGGUCAGAAUCUCACUUUCAGACAAGAGUGCCUGAUCUGCUGUAACUACAGAGUGUGGACCUCUCAGGCAGCCGAUCUACCAAACAACAAGGUGACUGAGUGUUCACCAUGUGGUGAUGCUCGUGGACCGUCAUCUGAUGACAUACCUGUGACUGUUGACCAGGAACACACAAGUGAUGAGUCUCCAAAGCUGACGUGUGAGGACAAUGCUCAGGCUGCUGCUGAUUCCAUCUCGGUGAGAGAGAAACAUGAUGAGAAUGUGAAGGAGGAGGAGCUGAGUCUCCUGAUGGAAACACACGAGGACAGUGCUGAGGAAGAGGUUACAAUCCUUGCACUGAUAAGUGAUGAAACCACUAACCCAAAUUACCCUGAGUCUUCCGACACGCUGACCGCUGACCACUCCUCUCAAAACACACAAGAUGAUACAGAUGAGUACCUGCCAAACUCCUCAGAGGAAGAACUAUGUACUGAUGAGGACAGUAGUGAAGAGCUCACUAAGAAAAUGAGCAGUAAGUCCUCUAAAAAGAGACUGCGAGAGCAUUCAGAUGAGUACAUGCCGAGCUCCUUAGAUGAGGCUUUGGAGAGCUGUGAUGAAGGAAUAUCUGAUAAGGGCUUUACCAAGAAACCAUUUCAGAACACUAUUAAACCAGUAAUUUGGUGUAUAGACUGUGAAGCUGUAGCUAAAACGUUUUGUACAAUUCAGCGGCACAAGAAGAACUAUUGCUGUGCAGAGUGCGUCUCUGGCGAUGCUGUCGAGAACCUCAGUUUAAAGGACUACUCUGUUCAUUUUAGUGACAUCCAGAGUUUUCAUCUGCAUGCCAUUGUCGAGCAUUGUGGCAUGGAAAAGCUUUACGAACACAAGAUCUGUCAGGACUGUAACAAAACAAUCAGGGUGGAGACGGAUCCCAACAAGAAGGGCCAUGUGUGCGAGUACAAGAUCAAACCGUUUUCCUGUAAUGUGUGUCACAAACGCUUCAUCACAGAAAUCGGACAAAAAGUGCAUUACCGUCGCUUGCACAGGGACUACCAACACACCUGCAGGUACUGCAUGAUGGUGUUUGAUACAAAACAGUCCAAGCUAGAGCAUGAGCAGAGUCACACAGAAGACAUGCUGUGCUACCUAUGCCCAGACUGUCCAGAAAAGUUCAAAGACUUUGUUACGCGCAAUGAGCAUUUAAAGACCCACUCAGGUCAAAAGAGACACAUCUGCAGCAUAUGCAAUCGGAAAUUUGCCCAACUUCACAGAUUUGAGAGACAUUUGCGUAUCCAUUCAGGGGAGAAGCCUUUCAAGUGUGAGGUGUGUAACCGUUCUUUCAACCAGGAUGGGCAUUUGAAAUCCCACAUGCGUCUCCACACGGGGGAGAAACCCUUCCUAUGUGAGCAUUGUGGAGAGUCUUUUAAUCACAACAUCAGCCUGAGGAACCACCGGCAGAGGCACCAUGGCAUCACUGACUCUAGCUGUGUGCUAGCAGAGGAGAACAAACCAAUCGGGAGACCCAUAAGGAACAAAGAUCAGCCUAGAAGGCAUAGAAGAAUGCGCUCUUCUGCUGAUGUGGAGCUGGAGAGUUACGAGUCUGACUCUGAUGAAGAGCAGCAGAAAAGGGGUCAGAAGAGGAAAGGCAGGAGGAAGAAACAAGACAAAAAUAACGUACAAGCAGACAGUUAACUUGGAGCCGAGCUUUGUAUACCCAAUGAUGCUCCAAAGAAAAACAUACGUUUACAAAUGCAUGAUCUGUUCAUUGAGAUGAAAUGCAAGAAAUCAUGUGGUGUCAGACUACAUGAUUUUGUUGUUGCUUAUACACUCAAGCAGAAACCACUAGGAUUACUUAAAGCAGUCACUAGCUAAGAUUUUGCUUGCACAGCAUUUCCCUUGCAGGUCAGUGUUUGUUUUAAUAUGUGCGGUUAUGUAUGGUUUACAAUCCAAUUAUAGUUGUUCUACAAUCUCACAAAAUGUGCCUUACAUUCCUACCCUGAUAUUCUGACUGAUAAACAGCAUAAAAAGUCAAGGGUUUAUUUUCUAUUUUAGAAAACAAAGCUGGCUGCAAAUACAGAAUAAUGCUGCUGUAUAACAGAUGUUGUCUAAUCCAUAAGAAGUGCACAUUCUAAUGUAAGUGCAGUGUACUAAGGGUUUGGGAGCAAAAAGUACUAUAAAAUUGAAUCUCUGAAAUAAA